UGAGUAGCUCUUAAUUUUCGGUCUUGCAUUUAGUGCGGCCGGCCUGUAUCAGGUGUGUUUUUCGCUGCUAUGUAUUUCAUUCCGAAGGUCAUGGCUGGUGCGGACAAUCCUGAUCGGACAGUAUUAGUUUAGUGUUGAAGGAAAAAGGGUCCUCCUUAACGUUGUUGUUUGUUUGAUUUUGAAUUUAAAUCGCGUUCGCUUAGAAAACUCGUUCAAUGCAGAUUGAGAGACGGCGACGGCAGCGUAACUUAUGCGAUUUAGAAGAAAUAAAUAAAUUAAUGCAAAAAAAUAGAUAAAUUAAUAUUUGCAAAGAAAUAAACAAUCAGCGCUUAGACUGUUAUUUAUAAACAAAAACGUUGUUGAAAUAAUUUUGACUGAAUUUGAAAUUUAGACAAACACACAUGGACAAAUAAAUGCUAACGCAUGGCGCACGUUAAAUAAAUUUAAGUUAAAAAAUUUAAGUUUUUUUUUCAAUAAAAAAUAUACCAAAAAAUACAAACAAAAAAUUGUUGUGAUUACUGCAAAUAAAUAAACAAAAGAAUAAGAAUAUGGAAACGUGUGUUUUAAUACCAAAAGAGUUGUCACUUGCCACAACAACAAUAACGGCAAAUCAUGAAGCCGAAAUCACAGUGUGGACAACAUCGUACAUUGAGCAAGGCACAAUAUUCUAUCCCUUUCAAGGGACGAUACGCUGGGACAAAUUGGACGCAUUUCAAUAUCUCGACGAAAACGAUAUCCGAUAUCGUUUCGGCUUGUACGAUGAGAUCUCAGAUGCUUUCCAUAGGCCAGUGCGUAGCUGUAAUUGGAUACGCUUUCUGCGUGUUUCCAGCGUAUGUGAUUCUAAUGUAAAUAUGAUUUGUACGAAGGUGAAAGGUGAACCCAUUUAUGAAGCGAUAAAACCGAUUACGGCGCAUCAAGAACUUGUUGUAUUCUACCUGCCCGAACGACCCGAAGAGGUAUUAUUCAUGCGAAUGCGAAUAUCGAUGUAUCGACAAACGAUGGAUUCCAUAAUGAAAGAUUCACCAAUCGACCUUUCCUCCUCCCUGCUGCAUCGCAUCUCACUACCCGUUUCACCGGUUUCGAGUAGUGAAGAUGAACACAAGUCAAUAUCGAGUGAUCUAUCCGGUUCGGUGAUAUCAUUAAAUGAACCUGUAAGUGAUGUUACGAGUAUAAACUCAAUAAACUGUGAAAAAGUCCGUGAUCAGCGAACGCCGCAGCGAACAAGAAUUGGUCGAAGUGAACGCUGUUUGCUGCCUUGUGAUGUUUGCGGGAAGGCAUUCGAUAGACCUAGUCUACUUAAGCGACACAUGCGAACGCAUACAGGUGAGAAACCGCAUGUGUGUAUGGUUUGCGGCAAAGGCUUUAGUACGUCGAGCAGUUUAAAUACGCAUCGACGCAUACAUUCGGGUGAAAAACCGCAUGAAUGUCAGGUGUGUGGCAAGCGGUUUACGGCCAGCUCCAACUUAUACUACCAUCGAAUGACACAUAUAAAGGAAAAGCCACAUAAAUGCAACUUAUGCUCAAAGUCAUUUCCAACGCCCGGCGAUUUAAAAUCACACAUGUAUGUUCAUAGUGGCUCGUGGCCUUUUAAGUGUAACAUUUGCUUCCGUGGUUUCUCGAAACAGACAAAUCUGAAAAAUCAUCUUUUUCUGCAUACAGGCAAUAAGCCCCAUACUUGUGAAUUGUGCAACAAGAAGUUCGCAUUAGCGUGCAAUUUACGAGCUCAUAUGAAAACACAUGAAGGUGAUCCACAAGAUGAAUGUGUUCGCUGCGGCAAGGUGUACGUUACACUAAUGCAGGGAGUCUGCACAAGGUGCUCCGAUUCGAACAAUUCAACUGACACUGACAACAAGACUGGUUUUCAAUCGGGAGGCGAUACAACCACAGAAGAUGAAACCUCAAAUGGCACAACGGAAUGUAGUGACAAGUAGGAUACAAAAAAAAAAUAAAAAAUAAAAAUACAAAAUAACAAAAAAUGCACAAAAUAAAAAAACCGAACACGAUAACGAUAACUACAUGCAUUCGUACUUACAUACAUACAUACAUACAUACACAAACAAAUAUACAUACUAUAAUGACUGCUGCUGUAAAUAUAUAAAUACAUACAUACACACUAAAUAUGCACAUAUUAUCUAUAAGCAUAAAAAUGGGGCGGAGAGGGGGUGUACAUACACACAUAUGUACGUAUGUAUGUAUUUUUGUCUAAGUGUACAUAUUCUCUUACUCUACUCUAAAUAUACUACAUACAUACUAAGUAAGCACUAGUCGUUAAGGAUAUUUAUAAAUCUUUUUUUUUAAGUGACAUUACAAAGCAAGUAUAGCACAAGCCAAUAAAAUAGAUACUGAAGAUUUUUUGUCCAAGUAUGUAUAACUGAAUGGUAGUGUUUGAUGUUGCACCGCGUCAUUGGAAACGUCAUCGUCAUCGGCGGCGUCUGCGUUGGCGUCUGCGCUCCGUUGCCGUCGCUAUUGUCGGCGAAUUUGGUUUGUAUGGCUUGCAUGAUUUUUGUUUUGUUUUAGCACUUACACACAUAUAUAUGUACGUAUAAUUCAAUGGCAACAAUGUUUAGACAGCUUUUGUCGGCUAAUUGGAAACGCGACAAUUUUGAUAAUCUUCUUUUUUUUUAAUGGCGGGUUUGACCACGUGGAAUACAGCGUUCUUCAUUCUCGUC